AUACGUCACUUCAAUCGAAGCAAAAAAAAAGUUCGCUUACAUUCCGACAACAAACCGCUGUAUUCGGAUUUUUUUCCUACCAAAAUGAAGAAGUUACUCGUGUUUAUUGUGCUGUGCAUUUUAAUAAACAACUUAACCGAUGCAAAGAAGUAUAAAGAAGAUGAAAAACCAUCUUGGGCCAAGAAAGAUAUACGCGACUUCAACGACGCUGAUAUGGAACGCUUGCUGGAGCAGUGGGAGGAGGAUGAUGAUCCACUAGAGCCAGAUGAGUUGCCGGAACAUUUGCGGCCACCACCAUCUAUCGAUAUGGCCAGCGUGGACUCGUCGAAUCCCGAAAACAUUCUGAAACUUUCGAAGAAAGGGCGCACGCUGAUGACGUUCGUAUCGGUGAACGGAAAUCCAACGCGUGAAGAAACAGAAGAAAUUACAAAGCUAUGGCAGACGAGCCUGUGGAACAAUCAUAUACAGGCCGAACGUUACCUGAUCGAUGAUAAUCGAGCGAUUUUCAUGUUCAAAGACGGCGCCCAAGCAUGGGAGGCAAAAGACUUCCUGGUGGAACAGGAACGAUGCCUGCACGUAUCGAUAGAAAACAAGGAGUACAAGGGCAAUUACAACAGAGACGAGUUGUGAGGCAAUAGGGAAGAUGAUCUAAUGUUGAACUGAUAACACUAUAAACUCAUUUGGUUUUGGAAAGACUGAAAAUAAAGUUGCAUGAAAAGAAAUGUGUAUUGAAAA